GGAAUCCCCAUCACAGCAUUAGAGACUCUGCAGGGACACACUCAUCCAGGAGACACAUGCAGUGGAUGUCUCCCCGGAGUCUACAAGCUCACGUCCGGAUCAAACUUUAGCUUUUAUCGCUGGAUGCGUCUUUACGCAUGAGCCUGGGUUUAUUGUAGAAAGCGUUUGGUUCGUGUUUUUUAACCCUCGUCUCUGAUGAUGCCCAGUAGAGAUGUACAGACUGAAACCUCUGACUGACUUUACUGAUCUUUUCAUUCUGGCGCAGACUUUACGCACCUUUUGGUUUCGGGUUCUCAAACUAAACAUGCGUAAAAGCGACGUUUAACUCUCGGUACUUUAUCUGGGGGAGUUUUCUGUCAGUGGUGAAAAAGGUUAAACAACCACAUUAAUCCCACCGCUGUCGGUUAAUCCACUUCAUCUUAAUUUCUGCCCGCGGCACCAUGCUAUCCACCGUGCGCCGGCACAGCCUCCGCCUGCAGACCGAGCUCCACCGGUGGAGCAUCUGCGACCCGGGUAGCCACCUGCUCUCGGACAGCUUCCUGGCCCGGGUCCCCGCAUGCAUCUCCCGCUCCAAAUCCUGCACCAGCUCGGCGGGGGAGUCGAACGGCAGCCGCGGGAGCUGGUCCUCCGCAGACUCGAUCAUCUCCAGCGACUCUGCCGGGGAGCCGCCGGAGCCUGGGCGCCCGUAUCGGGUGGUGCUGUUGGGGGCCAGCGGAGUCGGUAAGACGGCGUUCGCCAGCAUCUUCGCCGGGGCAGCGGACAGCAUGGACAGCGAUGACUGCGAGCUGUGUGGAGAUGAAAUGUGUGAAAAGAUGAUUGAAGUGGACGGAGAACCUGCAGCUGUAACUCUACUGGACACAUGGGACACAGAGACUGCCAAUGACUGGGCUCAGGAGUGUCACAUGCAGACAGGUGAUGCCUACCUGUUGCUGUACUCUAUAACUGACCGGGCCUCGUACCUUCGAGCCUCCGAGCUCAGGAUCACCCUCCGCCGCUUCCGUCCUGCUCAGCACACCCCGAUCAUCCUGGUGGGGAACAAGUGUGACCUUGUACGACGCAGAGAGGUGUCAGUCAAUGAGGGCCGCACCUGUGCUGCUGUGUUCGACUGCAAGUUCAUUGAAACCUCAGCUGCCAUGCAGCACAACGUCUGGGAGGCCUUCCACGGCAUCGUGCGACAGCUGCGUCUGCGCCGAGACUCCAAGGAAGCCAACAAACGUCGGCGGCACAGCGCCUGUAACACGCGGCGCGAGAGCCUCCCUACGAAGGCCAAACGUCUCCUGGACAAGGUGGUGGCAAAGAACAACCCCAACGUGGCGUUCUGGCUGAAAUCAAAGUCCUGUCAUGACCUGUCUGUGCUGUAGGUGUUCAACAGACACUGGUUUUACUCGACACCAAACCCAGUCAUGAGGGACAUGGACCUGAGGGAAGCCUGAUCCUUGAGGGAUGAACGUUGGAGGGUUCUUACCCGGUCCUCACCGUGUUCACAUUCUCAGCACAGCCAAGACAGCGUGCGUCUGAGAGGCGUUUAACAGAUUUCUACUCUGCCGCUCACAUGACGCAGUCUGAAUCUGGCUGAGUGGAGUGAGCGCAGAUCAUCAGCAUUUGUAACGGACCAGACAAUCAGUUAAUGCAGUGACUGACACAAACACUGUGGUAUUUAUGAACUGACAGGUGGAGAUGAUGUUUGUUUCAUUUCUGUGAAGACAUUAAAAUCAGCCUUUUUCUCUCCUCUUCUUCUUUUCCCUCUUCCCUCCGCUCUCACCUCUGCCCCGUUGACUAGUCUGUUGAAUCCCUAAGUGCUAAGAUGACCACUUGUAAGCUACUGAUGUAUGAGUGUAGUUUAUGUAUCAAUCAAAUCAAACAUUAUUUAUAACGUGUUGUAUUUUGCACUGACUGUAAAUAAAUACCAGA